GACCUUACUGGUAAUGCUUCCUCUGUUAGGUUACCUAUCAGUUUACAGUAAACUCUUAUCACAGCACAAUAGAGGAACUCCUUAUCAGGCCAUUACAAGGAUUUAUUUCUCUUUGACUUGACUUAUGGGUAGCAACUCAAAAAGGAAUGAGGAAGUAUCCAAGAAUUACAGAAGGGGACAUUUUUAUUUAACUACGUACACACGGAGUCAGUCAUUCAUUGUUGCUGUGGUAAAGGAACUAGGAAGGACAAAUCUGUUCAGUCUAGGAGAUUGAAUGGCGACUGAAUCGAACUCUGGUCAAGGCAUCAGAGAAUAUGCAGAUUUUGCAACAGAUACGUCUGGAGCCAGCUGCUCUGAGAACAGCCUGGAGUUCAUCUGUGAGUUACGCCCAGGUAAGGGCCUCCAGGCUGGGGAGAGGCAAGAGAAAGUCCUGGUAGUGGCGAGGCUACCAGCACAAUGCAGUGUACAUCAGCUACGUCUUCGUAUCUGCAUGCAAACUCAAGAGCUGAACUGCCAUCCCGAUCCAUUAAGCCUGUUGGACCCUGAAAAGUUCAUACUUCUUUACCCCAAGGGAGAGGACUGGUAUGAGAUCUUUGACGACUGCCAGGUUCUCCGGACUCUGGAUGUACCAUGGUCACGUGACUCCCGGGGACGGCAGGUAGCUUGCAUAGUGGUGUCGCCUCAGCCAGAUGACACAGAGGAGAGGCAGAGCCACCACCGUACCCUGGUCAACCUGAUUGGCCAUGACCUGGAUACAGUAGCAGCAAAUAGGCUCGGCGAGCUCAGCUUCACACGCAGGAAGCUGGCUUCUCCCCGCCAGGAAGAGUUAAGAAGGCGGGAUGCCAGGGCCUAUGCAACAGAGCCAUGGACCACCUCAGCCCCCUUCCCAAAAGUCCAGGAGGAACAGGUCAGCCGAAAGAUAUCAGUCACCAUGCAUCACAAUGACGUGUGCUUCAGUGUAAAGGUGGAUUUUAAUAUAACACCUGAAGGUCUCAUAAAGGUCUUCCGAGAAAUCAUGGUAGACCAUGCUCUGGAAUGUGAGUCUGGUGACAUGGUUCUCAAGGUCUGUGGCAGGGAGGAGUUUCUCUCUGGAGACUUCCCUUUCUCUGACUCCCUGUGGGUACGGCAGUGUCUGAAGUCCAUGCAGGCGCUUCAUCUGUCUGUGGUCCCCAUGGCGCAGCUUGAUGAGGACACUGUGAGGGCCGAAGACUGGCCCCUUGUGGACAGCUUCACUGGGCUUUCCAGCUCCCAUGAGGAGCUGGCCCUGGAGGGAAAGGAUGUGGACGACAUCCUCAUGAUUUCACUCUGGGACUGCAACCGCAAGUUCAGAGUGAAGCUCCUGGGCUUCGACAUACCCCAACCCCCUGGCAAGCCUCCUCAGUUCAUCCACGUGGAGGCCUCUAUCCUCUACGGGAGCAAGGUAGUAACCUCUGUUUUUUCCACACCCAAGGCCUUUGCUGAUGAAGUUCUGUGGAACGAGUGGUUGGAGUUUGAUAUCCUCCUCAGGGAUCUUCCCCGUGGAGCUAAGCUGGGCCUGACCAUCAAUGCUUGCACCCAUGAUAGCGCCGCAACAAAGGAAUUCAAGGCCCCAGCCUCUGGUCUUAAAGCUCCAGACUACCAGAGAGGGAAGGGAAAGCUGCUGUACUUUGUGAAUCUCCUUCUGAUAGACCACAGGUCCGUCCUUAGCCAAGGGCCACACACCCUUCACAUGUGGGCCUAUCCCGAGCUGGAGGAAGAGGCUUUUACCUAUAAGGCGGAUAAGCUUUCCUCUGCCACCAACCCAGACGUGGCAGAAUCCAUGGCUAUCACCUUCCUCCUGGACCGCUACAGUUUCCCUGUGGUUCUCCCUCACAGCACAACCUCCCCUGGAUCCUGCUCCCCUCUUGAUCAGUCUUUCUCCUCAUCCUCACCCAACCCCAACUCCAGCUUAUCUGAUAAAAGCCUGUCUCCCAUCGCGAGCGACACGUUUGCCAGAUCCUCCUCGUCCCCAGUGACCACAGACAGGGCCCGUCUGAGGAGGUUCAGGGAGGAGAGUGUCCAGUAUGCCUCCAACCUCCCCCAGUUCCUGCGCAGCGUAGACUGGCUAAGACCCAGCUCUGUGCAGGAUGUCCACUGGCUGCUGAGUCACUGGGAACCCACAGACCUGGAUGUCUCCGUGGCCCUGGAGCUGCUCAGUGUGGACUUUGCUGAUGAGAGGGUCAGGAAGCUGGCUGUCCAGAGACUGGAGAGCUUGUCUAAUGAUGAGAUGCUGAAGUAUCUGCUGCAGCUGGUGCAGACUCUCAAAGUGGAGCCUUACCAUGACAGCUUCCUGGCUAGAUUCCUCAUCCAAAGAGCUCUCAGAAGCAAGAGGAUUGGCCACUUCUUCUUCUGGUACCUGCGCAGUGAGGUGGAGGGCUGCCCGUUCUUCCGUCAGCGUAUGGCUGUGGUGCUAGAGGCCUACCUGCUGGGCUGUGGCCAGGCCAUGCUGAGCAGUUUCAUCAGCCAGGUGCAGGCUGUGGAGGCACUACAUGAGGUGGCCAGUGUGGUCAAGAGACUCUACCCUGACAAGACGGACCUCCCAUCCACAGCUGCCCAGAAGCUUCAGGAGCUCCUGAGGACAUGUAAUCUCCCAUCAGACUUCCAAGUGCCCUUUGACCCACGCAUCAGAGCAGGCAGAAUCCUGCUGGACAGGUGCAAGGUUAUGGCCUCGAAGAAGAAGCCUCUGUGGCUUGAGUUUUCCUCCAUGGACUCUCCAUGCCCCUCUGGUCCCCCUGUAGGCAUCAUCUUCAAACAGGGGGAUGACCUCCGACAGGACAUGCUGGUGAUUCAGACACUGGUGGUGAUGGAUUCUAUAUGGCAGGAGAAAUCACUGGAUCUGAAUCUUGUGCCCUAUGGUUGCAUCUCGACAGGAUACAAUAUAGGCAUGAUAGAGAUUGUGAGAGAUGCCGUCACCAUUGCUGCCCUGCAGAGGAUCCAAGGAGGUACAACAGGAGCCUUCAAGAACGAUGCCCUGUUUGAGUGGCUCAGGGGGAAGUGUCCACUCCAAGAGAUUCACUAUCAGGCUAUGGAGAGGUUUGUUAACUCUUGUGCUGGAUACUGCGUGGCCACGUAUGUGAUGGGGAUAGGGGACCGCCACAAUGACAACAUCAUGAUUACAGACCAAGGGAAUCUGUUUCACAUUGACUUUGGCCACAUCCUGGGGAACACCAAACGGUUCCUGGGGGUUAGCAGGGAGAGGGUCCCCUUUGUCCUCACUCCUGACUUCCUCUACGUCAUGGGCAGGAUCAAAGGUCAACCCAGUCUCUACUUCCAGAAGUUCAGGGACACAUGUACCCAGGCCUACCUGUCCCUGCGCUCCCACUCUCGCCUGCUGGUGACCCUCUUCUCCCUCAUGCUCUUGACGGGGAUCCCUGAGCUCAGUGCUGCAGAGGACAUGCGCUACCUCCGGGACGCACUGCAGGACGACAAGGGGGAGGACAACGCACGGGACCACUUCCACCAGCAGAUAGCAAAGUGCGAGGAACUGGGCUGGACAGUUCAAGCCAACUGGUGGAUCCACAUGUUGGCUGGCAUUAAGUAGAACCAACUUCCAGAAACCCAUUUAUGCAUGAGAUUCAUGUGAUUUUGUCAUUUGUUUUUAAACCCAACAGAAUCAGGUGUUACACAACAGACUGGCAUUGACAGGAUGAAGUACUCAAGUGUCAGGCCAAAUUCAAAUCCUGCAUGAGGGAGGGUUGCUGUUGUCCACCUGUGCGAUAUGCUCCAGCUGACUAGAAUAAAUUGUGUUGAUUUGAAUAAAUUGGUAUGAUAGCAUGCGGACAAUGUAUUACUUCCUUAAUGAUAUCUGAUUUAAAAUGAUACAAUGACUAUGAGGUUAAAGUGCAGACUGUCAGCUUUAAUAUAUCGGGGGAGCUGUUUAGAAAUUACAGAACGUUUUGUACCUGGUACCCCCAUUUUAGGGGACCAAAUUAUUGGAAAAAUGUAACUUAUGUGUUUUAAAGUAGUCUAAAGUUUAGUAUUGGGUCCCGUAUUCCCAGCACACAAUGAUUACAUCAAUCAUGUGACUCUAAAAAGUUGUUGGGCGCAUUUGCCGUUUGUUUUGGUUGUGUUUCAGAUUAUUUUAUGCCCAAUAGAAAUGAAUGGUAAAUCAUGUAUUGUGUCAUUUUGGAGUCACUUUUAUUGUAAAUAAGAAUAGAAUAUGUUUCUGAACACUUCUACAUUCAUGUGGAUGCUACCAUGAUUACAGAUAAUCCUGAAUGAAUCAUGAAUAAUGAUAAGGGAGAAAGUCAUAGACACGCAAAUAACAUAGCCCCCCAAAAUGCCUACCUCCCCUGUUAUUGUAAUGUUGAGAGGUUAGCAUGUCUUGGGGGUUUGAUAUAAAAUGCCGACCUCCCCUGUUAUUGUAAUGGUGAGAGGUUAGCAUGUCUUGGGGGUUUGAUAUAAAAUGCCGACCUCCCCUGUUAUUGUAAUGGUGAGAGGUUAGCAUGUUUUGGGGGUUUGAUAUUUGUGUGUCUGUCUCACACAAAUAACUUUCUCUCUCAUCAUUAUUCACAAUUAAUUCACGACUCCGUAAUCAUGGUAUACUGAACAAAAAUAUAAAAAUUCAACAAUAUCAAAGAUUUUACUCAGUUACAGUUCUUUUAAGGAAAUAAGUCAAUUGAAAUAAACUAAUUAGGCCCUAAUCUAUGGAUUUCACAUGACUAUGCAGGGGUGCAGUCAUGGGUGGAGCUGGGAGGGCAUAGGCCCACUCACUUGGCAGCCAGGCAUAGCCAAUCAGAAUUAGUUUUCACCACAAAAGGGCUUUAUUAUAGACAGAAAUACUCCACAGGACCACAGCUCCCUCAGACGAUCCCGUAGGUAAAGAAGCCAAAUGUGGAGGUACUGGGCUUGCGUGGUUACACGUGGUCUACGGUUGUGAUGCCGGUUGGACGUACUGCCAAAUUCUCCAAAACAACAAUGGAGUCAGCUUAUGAUAGAGAAAUGAACAUUCAAUUAUCUGGCAGUGGGCUCUGGUGGACAUUCCUGCAGUGAGCAUGCCAAUUACACUCUCCCUCAAAACUUGAGACAUCUGCGGCAUUGUGUUGUGUGAAAAAACUGCAUGUUUUAGAGUGGCCUUUUACUGUCCUCAGCACAAGGUGCACCUGUGUAAUGAUCAUGCUGUUUAAUCUGCUUGUUGAUAUGCCACACCUGUCAGGUGGAUGGAUAAUCUUGUCAAAGGAGAGAUGUUUACUAACAGGGAUGUAAACAAAUGUGUGCACAAAAUUUAAGAGAAAUAAGCUUCUUGUGCAUAUGGAACAUUUCUGGGAUCUUUUAUUUCAGCUCAUGGAACAUGGGACCAACACUUUACAUGUUGCAUUUAUAUUUAUAUUCAGUGUAGAAUCCACAUGAAUGUAGACGUGUUUAGACACAUAUUCUAUUCUUAUUUACAAUAAAAGUGACUCCAGAAUGACACAAUA